CGAAAACUGCAUUCUCUCCUAUCUCAUAUUCUCAUGCUCCCAUUCUGCCUUGCAAACCGCUACCUAAGCGCAAACUAAGAUCUCUAUACGUCUUCAGAAUAAAUUCCAAACCUGCUCUCCCCAGCCCCCCUUGCUGCUGUCCUCUAUAUAAUUUGUCCAACAUCGAUCAUGGAGCGGGUCAUGACUAUCUACGAGUCUUUCUCAAAGCCACUGCCGCCCGUUGACUCCGACGAUCUAGACUACAAUAAAAUAACAUCGGAGGCGACGUCAACGAAGAUCAAGGAUGCUAUCCGUGUCCUCACUGAGAAGGAUCCCGUUAUUCUCUUGGAAAGCGCGAGAGAGGCCCUCCAGGCUACGCCGUCGAUUCCCGAACGCCUUCAACGCCCGAUGUCACAGCAUGAGACGAGUCAUUAUCUUCACACGGAGAGUGACGUUCUGCGAGUUUCAGCAUUACAGCUUAUCCACCCUGUUAAUGUUAUUCUAUCUGGCAUACUCUCAGCAGGAGUGAUGCUUCGUUGCCAGUCCGAGGUGGUUUCGCAGAAGGGGAAGGCUCGCAUGGAUCUUAAGUGGUAUUGCCGAAGAGGAGGAAAGGAAACCGCCGUGGCCGUUCUUGAGUAUAAAAGCAUUAAAGUCCUGCGACUUGAUGAUUGGAAACCCAUAAUUACCGGCCUGGCCGGUGCUGCCGCGGUUAUCGCGGAGGGGUCACGGACAAUGCAUUGUUCACUUCUUGAAGACAAUGCGCUGAAAUUAUCCCGGCAAGUCAAGAAUUACGCUGAGGAAUGCAAGGACAUCGCCUUAUUCGAUUGGUUCAGCAUAUAUAUAUUUGACUUUGAGGACGUGGAUGAGGAUCAGAGCCGCCCAUUCCCAACAAGGAUCACCUAUUCGAGCGAUUCAAGCGAGUUCCGAAGCUUACUUCUUGGCAUGAUCUAUAAUAGGCUCAAAAAGGAAGGAUUUUUGUGUGAAGCGCAUACUGCAUUAUGAGCGGUAGUUAGGCACAAAGCAUCCCGUACUUACGAGUUCCAUUAGAUAUAUUUUCCCUAUUGAUCUCUAUUUUAAAUAUUAAAGAGAUAUUAGAG